AUGCGUGCAUCCGCCUCGAUUGCCAUCAUGGCCUCCCUCGCCAAUGUUGCCGUGGGACAGAUGAACUUCCUCAACCUUCUCGGGAACCUGAACCCCUUCCGCGGUCUGCUCCCCGGCGCUCAAGCGGCCCAAGCCCCGCCACCCUCCGACACGGCCAUGGCCGGGGCCCGGAACCAGUGGCGAGCCGACACCGUCGUCGUAUCCCGCUUCCUCUCCAUGGCCGAGUCCUUCAGCCCGUCCCAGAUCGAGUCCGAAGCGGCGACGGCGCUCGCGGCCGAGAAUGACGAGCUUACCCAUAAGGCUAUACUCGAUCGGCAGUUCAUCUCGAGCGCCACCCCCGACAAGGCCGUCGUUGAUGCAAAUGACGUCCUCGAAAUCCAGGGUACCUUCCAGUUCAUUGUCGACGGCCUCAAGAGACUGUCCACCGGCGGCUCCGUCAUGUCUCCCCAGCAGAUCUCUGCGACGAUCCGGGCCAUGAACGAAGAUCGUUGUGCCCAGGUACUUCCCUCGAUAGACGUAUACUUUGCCGCCGUCGAUACGCUCCUUCAGGAUACAAACUUGACCCAGGCGAAGCGGCCGACUAACUGCCCCGUCGGUCUCGGCAAGCCGGCGGCCAAUGGUUCGAAUGCCGAGGCCAAGGAGGUAAGAUUUGCCAAGAAAGGGAGGAAGACUUCUCGGAAGAUCUAG